AAAUUAUUAUCUUUUACACAAUAGCAAAAAUUAGUCGAAGCGUGACAUCUACGUGUAACACUUCGUCUAUGUUCGCCUAGAAAGACAUACGUCAAAUGGAGUUGUCGCAAAAAGUAAUAUAUUUAUUUAAUUAACUUAUUUCAUAGUGUUUCAAUGGUGAUUGUGUGGUUUUUAGUUAGUUUAAAUUAGUGUUGUGUGAUAUUUAAUGCAGUAUUAAGAGUGCCACCAAUCUACCGCCCAUCUGUUGCCAAAUGUCUUAUUGUGAUCUGCUUUAAAAAUUGUGCCAAAUAUAAUUCAAUGUGAUUUUAGCUGUUAUCAGAAAAAUUUGGAAAUUUGAAAAAUAAGUGUAAAUAUUAAAGCGAUUUUGGAAAAAGGCCUUCUAAGUGACAAGCGAACUAGAGUUGAGUUAUAGAGUAAAAUCCAUCACAAUUGACGAACGCGAGCAAGAGGGGCGAGCGGUCGCUCCGAGUUCGACCGCCGCUGCCACCACUGACAACGCCACGACCGCGACCGCGACAAAAGCCGAAGCCACGGCGUCCUCAACUCUGACAUCGACCUCUUCGGAAGUGUCGAUGGUCGAUGUCUUCGCUACGUCCUCCGCGGCAGCCAUCGUCACGAACGCGACGUCGGCAGUCGGCGCCGCCGGUAGAAAUUCGAGAAAGAGGCCGAGGCCGAGGAGGCAGAACACUGCACCUGCGACGAGCGAAAAUGAAACAGGAGUGUUUUCCCACCGUCGUCUUUCUGUGUCGGAUUCGAUUGACCCCCCUCGAUACACCGAAUAUUCGAGAGUGACGGCGACGGCGACAAUAGACGACGAUGACGGAAGUGACGUCAUAAGUCGAAUGUCGACCAGUGACGACAGGCAGAUGACAAGCGGACUGUCGAGUGAGGUCACGACGCCUUUUACGGACGCCACCAGUUUUGCAGGGAUUGCGCUGAGUGAAUAA